GUGGGGAGGGAGAGAGGAAUAUCCAAAAGCAUAACACCGAUUACGGAUUGAGAAUAUUCCUGAUCCCCUCUAACCUCCCAUAAAUACCAUUCUUUUCUUACUUGUUGUUGCAUCCAAUCCAAUCCAAUCAUCCCGUUUUCUCUUCUCUUCUCUUCUUCUCAUAUAUAUAAUAUAUAUACUAGUAGUAUAUAUAUAUAUAACAAUACAACAACAAUGGCUCUUACAGCUGUUCAUGUUUCCGAUGUUCCCAAUCUAGAUCAAGUCCCUGACAAAGCUCCUCUAUAUGCCACCCGAUUCUCUCAAGGCAUUGAAAUUGGAAGAGCAUCCGAAUUUUUAGUUGUUGGACACAGAGGGAACGGGAUGAAUUUGUUGCAAUCGGCUGACCGGAGAAUGAAUGCCCUCAAAGAAAAUUCCAUUCUUUCUUUCAAUGCAGCUGCCAAUUACCCAAUCGAUUUUAUUGAAUUUGACGUUCAGGUGACAAAGGAUGAUUGCCCUGUUAUUUUUCACGACGAUUUCAUCCUCACUCAACAUAAUAAUGGUACAGUUUAUGAAAGGAGAAUUACUGAAUUGUCACUUGCUGAAUUUCUUAGCUAUGGACCCCAAAAAGAAGAGGGUCUCACUGGAAAACCUUUAAUGAGGAAAACGAAAGAUGGAAAGAUUGUUAGCUGGACAGUUGAAACCGAUGAUUCCGCAUGUACCUUAAAAGAAGCUUUUGAGAAAGUGAAUCCAUCUAUUGGUUUCAACAUCGAGCUCAAAUUUGAUGAUCACAUUGUUUAUCAACAGGACUACCUCAUCCAUGCUCUUAAAGCAGUGUUACAUGUCGUAUUAGAGUAUGCUAAAGGCAGACCAAUCAUAUUCUCAAGUUUCCAGCCUGAUGCUGCUCUGCUUGUCAAGAAGCUCCAGACAUGUUACCCUGUGUUUUUUCUCACAAAUGGAGGUACAGAGAUUUACUAUGAUGUUCGAAGAAACUCGUUGGAAGAGGCCACUAAACUGUGCUUAGAGGGUGGUUUGGAAGGUAUUGUUUCGGAGGUGAAAGGCAUCUUCAGGAAUCCAGGAGUAGUUAACAAGAUCAAAGAGUCCAAGCUGUCUCUGCUGACAUACGGCAAAUUGAAUAAUGUGCCUGAAGCUGUGUAUAUGCAACACCUGAUGGGAAUUGAUGGAGUGAUAGUGGAUUUUGUUGAACAAGUAACAGAUGCUGUGUGUAAGCUGGUGAAGAAGCCAGAUGAGAUAUUGCUGGAAGGGGAGGAAAAGGUUCAAAAUAGACCUCAAUUUUCACAGAGGGAAUUGUCUUUUCUGCUCAAACUUAUCCCCGAACUGAUACAACAAUAACAAUUCAUAAAAUGAUUGUAGAUAGCAAAGCGUGUAGAAAUGUAGAUUUUCAUUGUAUUUGCACCCUCUCUGUAAUCAUAUCAAAAUAUUUUAUGAAUUGUCUUGGAAUUUUAGCAACA